UUCUUGCUUCUUCCCUUCUUCCUCUCUCUCUUUCGUGUCUGACUCUGCAAAAAUAGUUUUCUAUGUAGAGAAAGACCAGACACAGGAGAGAAGAAAGAAGCAAAAACCAAACGCGUAAACACUAAAUAGUGUCUUUUUUUUCUGUCUCAAUGGAGUAUCAACAAGCUUCCUCUGCUACUACUUUCUCCAAUAAGCUUGCUAACGGUGGAGGCUUAGCUGGAAAGCACGUCUACGACGGCAUUUUUGGAGGUGUAGCGAAGCCUGGGUCUCGAAUGGAGGAUUACAAAGAAAUAUUUGGUGGUUCUGGUGGUUGUUCGAUUCCUAUUCUCGAUUUCCCGGAGCUUAAGGACAGAAAGACUUCGGUGGAAGCACGGAACCCGACGCUGGACUACUCAACGAUUUUUUGUGGUCUUGUAGAGACGGAUUUUGCUGUGCCUUACGAAGAAUUGCUUUCAAAACCAAAGAAAGUGAAGAAUUCUUCUCAGGAAGCUCGGGCUGCAGCUAAAGCAAGGUUCUGCCCUGCAGAGCCAGAACAUCCUAAUGUUUCAGAACAGAAACAAGCCCCAUCACCAGAAGUAUCUUUCCAGCGGCUUGAUGGUGGGAAACAGUUCAAUCCGUCAUACGAUAACAGAAAACCAGAAAGCCAAAGUGGGACAACUGGAAAGAAACAUAUCGCUCAGCUCCACACCAUUCCUGGUUAUACUUGUUUGAUUGAUGAAAUCACUCCCUCGCAGAUGACUGAAGGUGACAAGCCAGUACGCACAGUAUUAAAUGAUGCUUAUCUAAAUGUUAAUGUCAGUGAGGGGAUAAGGCAAAGCAAACCUCUCCGGAAAGUUGUGUCAGGCCCACAACCCAGAGAUUCUGCUAAAAACAAUUCUAAAAAUCAUGCCAACUUUACAAAAUCCAGCAGGAAUAGAUCCUUUUCAAAUGAUAUAUCAUUUGAUGCAUUUGAAAUUGGCCUUGGCACACAGCCAUCAACAGUGUCACCUCUAGGCCCGUUUCCUAAUUUAGGUAAAAAUAGGGAUGGCUCCAUGAGGUUAAUGAAUUCGAAGUUUGGGGUUUUUAGUAAUGAUGCUUCUGAAGGUGCUGCUGGUAGUUAUUCACCACCUUUAUUUGAUGAGGAAAUAGAUGCUAAUUCGGCUGCAGCUGCCUCUGUAGCUGCUGUGAGGAAGGCGAUAGAGGAGGCUCAAGCAAAGAUUAGAAUAGCCAAAGAAUUGAUGGAAAGAAAGGUCCGUCUUCAAAAUCGUGUGAGACCAAGAUUUAAUGAUGGCUUGAAAGAUAAAAAAAGGGAGGUUAAAGUUGCAGAAAAAGAAAAUAGAUCCAUAGAGGAGGCCAAGGAAAUGGUUCAGAAAUUUUAUACUCCAGAGCAAGAUUUCACCAGCUUACCAGAGCACAAUGCAACAGAAGCAAGCCAUGUAACCUCAGAAUUUGGAAAUGCAAAGACAUCAUCUCCUACGAAAAAUGCUGUUGGAGAAACAAACAGCACAGAAUCCAAAUUGGCUCAAGUGGAUAAUAGGGUGGAAGCAGAAAGCAGGAAAGCAAAUAAACCUGCUGAUACCAGUGAACACAGGGCAAUGACAUUGGAGGUUGAGCAGGCAAACAAUGACAAGAAAAUGAAUCCAUCUGCUAAUGAAAAUAAAUGCAAGGAGAAGAUGACAGGAGAGGAAAACAUUGAGAAGCCAGUGGAGUGUGAUAAUAAGAAACUAAAAACAUUUGUGAAGGCCCCUAAGCCGGAGAAGAUAGAGAGGGAACUAAAUUCAGUGAAAGCAGCAUUUGAAUGGGAUGUGUACAGACACAAUAUGAAGCCUACUGAAGAGCUUCAUCAUCACAUAGAAAAUGAAGAGAAAAUCAGAAUUUCUUAUGAGCAUGAAGAAGCAGGUCAAAUGCCUAAGCCCUAUGAACAGGAAGAAUGUGAGAGCAUAGCAAAAAUGCUGCAUGAACCAGAAAAAAAUACCGAACUUGAAAUCCAAGAGUUGGAUGAGAACAAAGAUAUGAAGGAACUAAAAGAGGCUCAGAAUAGUGUGAAAUUUGAGAAGGAACAAAGAGAUGCACACAAUCAUGUGGAAAUGGAGAAUAGAUCAAAUGAAGUUCCAGUUAUACAGGAGAAUGAGAGGAGACUAGAUGAAAUUCAUAGCCAUGAAGGAAAUGGGAAGGGAGAGAAAGAAUAUUUGGACAGGGUAGCAAGUGAAAUGAAAUGGCAAGAGGGUUCAUACUGGGAAGAAAAUGAGAAGAAAUUAAGUGAUGCCAAGCCAGAGGAUGCUGAGAAGUUAGUUCGAGUUCAUGAACAGGAAGUAAUUAAGGUGAGAUUUAAUGACUUUCAGGACAAGGAAGGAAGUGAGAAGGUGCUUAGAGAAGCUUGUGGGACAAAAGGCAAUGAGAACCUGGAAGAGACCAAACAGAAUGAGAACAUGCUCAAAAACGAUUAUCAGAUGAAUGAAAUGGAGAGAGAAAGGACUUGCACAGUGUUAGAAACUGAGAGGAUACAAACACAGAUUCAUCUGAGGGCAGAAGAUGAGACCAAUGUAGAAGCAACUCAACAGGAUUUCACAUACCAGGAGAACAAUCUUGAAGCAACUAAUGAUGUGUACUUGCUAGAUAAAAAUGAGAACACAGACAAAGCCGAUGAAGCCAAUGGAGAUAAAGAAAGAUUUGGGCAUGUGGAAGUAACUGCUGAUAUAUUUGCAUUUGAAGAGAAUGGGAAGAUGACAGAGGUAAGUGAAGAUUUCUUUCCUACAGAGACUGGAAAAUGUUCAGAAGCAGUUGAAGAAGAGAAUUUUGGAACUGAUGUCCCAGAGCGAGGUCUCACUGGACUUGAUGGCAUUAAUAAGCAAAAAGCAGAUGUAUAUUUAGGUGAAACUGAUGUGAACCUUGAUUGCAAGCUAAAUGAAUUUCAUGUGACAGAGUAUGAUAGAAUCUGUGAUCAGGAAAAGCAUACUGAAGAAGUAACUUUUCAACUGGAUGAAAAUCAUCAGGAUGACAGUGAGUCUGAAAUUGGUCCCAGUGAUGAAGAAAAUGAGAGUAAUUUUGUUUCUUCUCACGACGAAGGAUGCUUAGGUAAUGGGAUAGGGUCGAAGACACUGUGUGACUCAGUAAAGGAUGUUGAAGAAGCGGAAUGUGAAUUGGGAGAAAAUAACAAGGAUGUGAAGGACUCUGAAGUUCCUACUAAUCAUGGUGAAGAGACAUAUUUUGAAUCUUCUUCUGAGGAAAACUGGAUAAAUAAUAUGAUUGACGUGCAAGCAAGUCAGCAGCCAAAUAUUUUUGAGGGGGAAAGAACGAUGAUGGGAGUAUCACAGGAGAGAGCAAACCAAAACACUGAUAAAAAGGAGAAGAAUGAUGAAACUCUGACAGGAGAAAAGAGGGAAGCUGAAGAUAAUUUGCAAAAGGAAGUGGAGUUGGAAAAGAAACAUCAUGGGAGAAAGGAAGAAGCAAAAGUGAGGGAAAUGGAAAAGGAAAAGGAGAGGAUAGCUGUAGAAAGAGCAAUCCGAGAAGCUCGUGAAAGGGCUUUUGCUGAAGCCAGAGAAAGGGCAGAAAGGGCUGCUGCAGAAAGAGCAACUGCAGAAGCUCAUCAAAGGGUAAUGGCAGAGGCCCGAGAAAGGUUAGAGAAGGCUUGUGCAGAAGCUAAUGCUAAGUCAGCAGCAGAGAAGGCAUCUAUGGAAGCCAAACUGAAGGCGGAGCGAGCUGCAGUUGAGAGAGCAACUGCAGAGGCCAGGAAACGUGCACUGGAAAAGGCAUUGUCUGAGAAAGCUUCCUUUAAGGCCAGAAAUCAAGCUGAGAAGUAUUCUGGCACUUCAAGAGAUGCUGGAAUAAAAUCCAGGGAUCAACAAUAUAAAGGUCCGGGUCCUUCCAACAGUUCUAAUUAUCCAAGUACUUCAAAUCAUGAUGAGAGAUUUAGCAGUGCUAAUGGUGAAUCAGCUGAAAGGUGUAAAGCUACAUUAGCAAGGAAUCAAAGGACAGCGGAACGAGCGGCAAAAGCUCUUGCGGAGAAGAAUAUGCGUGAUCUUCUCGCUCAGAAAGAACAAGCUGAGAGAAAUAGAUUAGCAGAAACUUUGGAUGCUGGUGUUAAAGGAUGGUCCAGUGGAAAGGAGAAGAAUUUGCGUGCCCUGCUCUCAACACUACAAUACAUUUUGGGCCCUGAUAGCGGUUGGCAGCCAAUUCCUCUGACGGAUCUUAUAUCAGCUGCAGCUGUGAAGAAAGCUUACCGCAAAGCCACUCUUUGUGUUCAUCCUGACAAGUUGCAGCAAAGGGGUGCAAGCAUGAAACAGAAAUACACAUGCGAGAAGGUUUUUGAUCUUCUAAAGGAUGCACGGAACAAAUUCAGUGCAGAAGAACGCUAGACCAUCGAUUCAUCUGCUCAAGGGAGCUCAAAAUAUGGAGACAGACCUUUGCCAUUGACGGAAGAGGAAGACGAAGAGGAAGCAGAAGAGGUCUGGCACGAGAUUCUCCCACGAAUCACCCGAGAUGAAACCGAUACACCGGAGAAUCGAGCAGACU